AUGUCCCUGGAGCUCAUCCCCGACAAGCAAACAAACUUGCUCCCAGCGAAAGGCGAACGCGCGACGUCAUGUGCGGCGCACAUCAUCUCGACGGGGGCGUGUCGAAAGCUGACAGGUCGUCGCGGGAGAAACAGCAGCCUUGCUCUCCUCUCUGUAUUGGUAUUGGGAUCCGGCAUGGCAUGGCCCUCGGCCUGGUCUGGAUGCCCAGGCACGGGAAGGGGGGGCCAGCAGACACGUUUCUUUGCUUUUGUCUUGUUCCUGCUUUCCGUAGCCUUCCCGUCAUCGUCGCCAUCUCCCUCCUCCUCCAGCCCCGUCACCCCCCUUGUUCGCCAGAACCCCUGCUUGUCCAACCUCGCCAAACACCCCCAACGCGGGCAGCGCAGGCCAGCUCCCAGCGCCACAGGUCCCGGGGCCCUGGGUGAGGCGCUGCAGUGGCUGCACACUGUCGUGCGGCGCCCGAUCUCCACGACCCCCGGUCGGUCGUGA